UUGACUGCAAAAUGAAUCGUGAUUCGUGAUGUUUAUGAAAGUCCUCAGCUGUGAAUCUACGAUAAAAUGUAAGAAACGAAAACACUUCAUUUACCGCCCUUCCCAAGAACAAUUCAUUGCUUAAAAUUUUGUUGCCGGUCGUUAACUCGUCUAUCGCGUAAAGAUGUAUCCGUCGGUAUAUUCAGUUCUUCUUGGUUAAUAUACAGUAUACAGUGCAGCGCUUCUUGGUCAAUAUACAAUGAGUGCCAGACAGAGAGCAAUUAAGGACGUGGAAAUGGCAAUGGUGGUAGAGGCAGUUGACCAGCUAUUGUCUUCCUCUGACAGUAAUUUCUCAGACGACGAAGAUUCUUCCUCUGACCGCGACGAUUUGCUUUCUCCGCUCAGUAUACGAGCUUACUUGGAGGGAACACGAUAUGCCGCUGCGAGAGAAAGCUUGCCGAAGAGUAAAGAUUUCAUCGAUAAUAUCCUGCCAUAUUAUCCUGAAGCCAGAUUUCGCCAGCACACGCGGAUGAGCAAGAGUGGGUUCAACAAGAUUUAUAUGCUUAUUAAGGACGAAGAGAUAUUCACCAACAAUUCAACAUGUCCUCAAGCGGAUCCACGAUUUCAGUUAUUUGUUACGCUAUACCGCUUUGGAUUUUACGGUAAUGCCGCUGGACUGGGGCCAGUGUCCAGUCACUGCGGUAUUGGAUACGGCACUGUGAACUUGUACACAGCGCGUGUAAUCUACGCCCUUCUCGGUCUUGAACCAGACGUCGUGAAGUGGCCGGACGCAGAGGAGCGGCGAGAGAUCAGCCGACGCAUAAGAGAGAAACACGGCUUUCCUUCAUGUGUAGGCUUUUUGGACGGAACAAUCGUUCCCCUCCAUCAAAAGCCGGCAGUUCACGGUGAGGCAUACUUUACAAGAAAGUACAAUUAUGGAUUAAAUGCAACAAUUAUCUGCGACGAUCGAAAACGCAUUCGAUACGUUCUCUGUGGCUUUACCGGCUCAGCCCACGACAGCCGUGUGUAUGGAAGCUCGAAGAUGGCAAUAAACCCGGCUAAUUACUUCAGCGAUGAUGAGUAUUUACUUGCCGACAGCGCUUAGCUUUGACAUCUACAGUAAUCGUUCCAUAUAAAUCCCAUCGUGCCGACAC